AGAGGAGAUGAGGAAACGGCAUCCAACUGCUGCUCUGAUAACCAAAAACAUGGACUCUACUUUUGCCUUGAGAAGACGAGAGUUGGUGAACUUGGAGCCUCCAGUGAAAGACACAAUGGAAAGGUGGCCAGCACUCUUUACAGAGGGUCAGAUUCUGGCAGAGUUCUGUCGCUUGUCAAGCAAAAACCUGAAUACAGAAUUCUUCAAAGAACUUGACAAAUACACUCCUCGCUUCUUUGAGAUUUUCAAGAGCAAGGGGGGAAGUGUUGGCCAGAAACUUCAGAAGUAUCUGCAACAAGUCAGACCAGAGAGUACAGAUAUUACUGCGAAGCGAACGGCAGUCCUCCGUGGCCUUCCUGUGAUCCUUGGAGAUGAGAACACAGACUUCUUCAAGACAUGCUUUGACUGCGAAGACCCAGACAUGUCUCACACCCCCAUUGGGAUCCUGACCAUCAUUCCUGAGGACAGACAGGCCUCCCCUGACUCACUCCACCUUGAGUCUUCAGGUACUGCAAUCAUUUUGGAAGGAAGAAUUGUCAUGGAUGACCUUGGAAAUCUUCCACAUGCCAUGUGCUUGCUCUUUGGACUUACUUACGCUCUGAAUUUGGAGUACCCUCAACAACUGAAGUACACCUUUGACUUCAUCCAAAGGGUGCUUCUCUCACUUGGACAUAAAUCCCUAAAACCAAAAAUACAAUCACUCAAAAAUCUUCUGAUGCAAUGAGUGAACGUGUUCACGAUGUGAAUGUGACGUGACAUGGGUCACGUUGAUACCUUUACCCUUAUUGGAAAAGUGAUUUUCUUUUUUGUUUGAUCCUUUUUUGUGGGAGGGAGCCUCAUCACACUUUCAGACUACUAAAUGGUUUUAUGUUCAUGAGGAGAAACAUGAACACCUACUUUCCUUUUAGCUUUUCUUUUUCCUUUUGUGUUAAUGCUGACAUGAUUGUGGUGAUAUUGAUUACCAACAUCAGGUUCUUUAGCCAGUUAUCUCAGACUUGAUAUCUGUUGAAAGAUAUAUCUGUUGACUUAGUAUCUGUUGAAAGUCAAUCUCUAGUGCAGUGCUAAACUCAUCCACUAAGAAUUUAAAUCAGAAAGCUCUGAGCAGGUUUCAGCGGGAGCUGUCUUAAACAUCAGGAUUACAGUUGCACAUUCAGUUGAAAUAGUGAUCUUAUUUUGCAGUCAUGCAAUAGGUGGAUUGGAAACAGAGUUGAGCUAUAUUUGCUGUUCACUUUAUUGAUGUUAGGAUAAAUGUUAGGCCCUGUAAUUGACAAUUGAGUUUAUCUAUAGUUUGUUUCACACCAUAGUCAACAGAGAUAUUUAAGCAGGGAUUCUCUAAGUUUUAAUGACUGAGGGCCGUUUUAGGGACUCAAUAUUAGAUUGAAGGCCGCCCUAGAAAAAAGUCACGUGUCACUUUUUUCUGAAAAAGUCUAUGGAAAAGUUAGUCUUUAUAUUACAUACAAAGUUUUUUAAAAAAAAAAAAGGUUAGUGUUUAUAUUACUUACAAAGUAUGUAACCACACUUGAGAACCCCUGUAUUUA